AUGCUAAGUGCCAAGACAUCCACAAAACUAAUAGUAGAAGGUGCUUCAGAACCUUUAGAUGUUGAGACUGAGAAUUCAGCAACACAUCCUCAGAGUACUCCGCUUCUGACAGAUUUUGUAAACCAAAAUACUCAUUCUGGUCGUGAGGGUGGUGAAACACAUAAUGGCAUUUCCAAGGACAAAUCUCUUGUAGUAAAACGAAAUCUUAUGAGUGAGUUUGAUCGUGGAAAGUUCAAUUUAAAAAAUGAAUCUUUUGAAGAGAUACUGUCCUCCCUAGAGGAAGUCAGUCAGUCAAAUUGGCCUACUGUGUGUGAUCCAACCCACCAAGAUUACCAAGAUUCUGUUGUUCUUAAAGAAUGUCCUGAUGAAUUAGUUGUGAAUGCUACAAAUGAGGUGGCUUCCCAAACAACUGUUGGUUUUGAGAAAGGCUUAACUGCACCAGGACUUAACUUUAAAAAUGUGGCAAUGGUCAGCAUAAAAGACAACAAUUUUAAUAUUAAGAAAUUUCUAGAUGACAAGGGCUUAAUACUGAACAACAUAGUUGAAGCAGGUGCUUUUCCAUCUGAGAAAGCAGAUGACCAAGCCAGUUGCUCUCCAGAUACAAGUUCUAAGAAAUUCUCUAAAAGAACAAAACGGAAGGCCAGCGCUAAUGUAAAGUACUGUGACCCAGAGGAAAAUGAGUCAGAUGGAGACUUUAAUAGUGAUUCUUCGGAUAACUUUACACUGUCUGAUUCAGCUGAUGAUUCAACUAGUGAUGCUGAAGAACUAGAUGAUGCUGAAGAACUAGAUGAUGCUGAAGAUUUAGGUAAUGCUGAAGAAUUAGUUGAUGGUGAAGAAUUACAUAAUGGUGAAGAAUCAGGUGGUGGUGAAGCUCUAGAAGUAGCAUCGGUUCCUGUGUCUCAUGAAGAUUCUGAAGUUCCUGAAUUUCUUACUGAUAACGAAGAAAACGGCUCAUCUGAAUCUAGAAAAACCAUCUCUGUUCAAAAAAUAAACCAGAAAAGAUGUGUCAAUGAGAGAGAUUGGUCAAAAAAAUUUGCCUGCGUUUUCUGUGGUAAAAGUUUUUGCAAACUUGUUGAGCACCUGUCAUCUGCUCAUAGUAAAGAAGAUGAAGUGAAACACAUCCUUGCUCUCCCACCGCGCAGUAAAGAUCGUAAAGAUGCUAUUGGAAGACUUCGUGACGCUGGCGCUCUGAAGCACAACCAGAGAUGUUUGAAGAAGGGCUCUGGUGUGCUUCAGGUCAAAAAACGUGUUAGAGGAAGUUCAUCGCCUAGCAAUUAUAAAACUUGUCCUUAUUGUGGCAAUAUGUUUUCCAUUGGCUCCCUCUACAAGCACCGAAACAAAUGUACUCAGAAGCCAGCAGCAGGUCGCUUCACUUCUCGUGCCACUAGAAUUAUGUCCACCAGUCCUAAGGAGUUCCACGAGCAAGUCUUCCAAGGAGAAGUACUGGGAAACUGUCGGAAGAAGGACGACAUUUUUGACCUCAUGAAAACUGAUGAGCUGUUACGUUCCUAUGGUGUGAGUAUGGUUGAACAGUACUCUGCUGACCCAGAACAGUUCAACCAUAUCCGCCACUCUUUGAGAACUUUGGGUGGUUUUUUGAUAGCCGUCAAAAAGAUUAAUCCUAAUAUCAAAAAUCUUGAGCAUGCGCUGGAUCCAGGCCACUUUGACAAUUGCAUUGAGGCUGCCCUAGCUUCAUCAGGGUAUGAUGUUGCUGCAAAUAUAUUCAAAACACCGUCUGUGGCAAAAAGAAUUGGAGAACACCUUGAAAAGGUGGCAGCAAUUGUCCAACUAAAUGCUAUAAAGUCUCGUGACGAAGUAAAAAAAAGUUGGAUUCGGGAUUUUCUCAAACUUCGAGAGCUGAGCUGGUCAAAGCAGGUAUCAAGCAAGGCGUCACUGCAGUUGAAGGAAAGUAGUUACAAUAAGCCUGAACAACUUCCAGACAAAGAAGACAUCGUCAAGUUGGCUAAUUAUUUUAAUGACCACACUGAGGUAGCAAUGCGAAAGCUUGAGUCUAAUCCAAAUUCCAGCAUUUAUAACUGCUUGACUGAACUAACUCUUGCCAGAGUUAUGUUCUUCAACAGGAAACGCCCUGGUGAUGUCCAAAAGCUGAAGGUGACGCAUUACCUCAAGAAAUCAGAUGAUGAGCGUAUCCACACUGACAUUUGGAACAGCCUCUCCUCCACUGAAAAAGAACUUGUUAGUUCCUUCAAAAGAAUAGAGAACAGGGGGAAAAAAAGAAUGAAAGUGCCAAUUCUUUUUACCAGACAAAUGCAGGAGGCCGUAGCUCUUCUCCUGAAAUAUCGGUCUGUGUGUUCAGUACCUGAAGAAAAUAUUUAUGUUUUUGCAAAUGUUGGUUGUGUUACCCACAUGAGAGGCAGUGAUGCUCUUCGUGGAUGUCGCGAAAAGGCUGGCUGUUUGCACCCUGAAAGGGUGACAGCCACCUGUUUAAGAAAAGAGGCCGCAACCCUGGCCAAGGUUGUUGGUCUUAAUGAACGAGAAGUUCAAGAACUCGCUGAUUUUUUGGGCCACAAGAUUACAACUCACCAUGAGACAUACCGUUUGCCGCAGUCCACUCUCCAAACUGCCAAAGUCAGUCAAUACUUGAUGGGACUAACUAAAACCUCUGGAGAAGAGAUUCACCAGGACAACCCUGACAACCUUGACUCUAAUGAGGAGGCCGAUGAUGCUGGACCCUCAAAGCGGCAAAACAAGAAGCCGGCUAAGAGUGCCAGCAAGCGUCCCUCUGCCGACAGCUCAGAUGAUGAGGCAGUUGAUGCUGUACCCUCAAAGCGGAAAAAGAAGCAGCCUGCUAAGAGGGCUACGAAGCGUAUCUCUGCUGACACCUCAGACUCAGACCAGCAGGAAGCAGACAUGUUCAGCCCUAAAAGGAGGAAGAAGUGUACAAAAAGGAAGUGGGACACCCCACAGAGAGCUGCUGUUGAGAAACACUUUUCUGCAGCGAUUGCUUUAGGCAGGGUACCAUCCAAAAAAGAAUGUGAGAGAGCACAAAAAGAACCUCCAUUGCGGUCUAGGCCAUGGAGUCAAAUUAAGCACUUCGUCAGGAAUGCCUCUCUGAAGAAAAAAGUUUAAGAUGGUGCUAGCUGAAUUUGUUUUGCUCAUCAUGAUAAGUUAAAUUGUAUCACUUUAUAUUUCUUUUUGUUUUUACCAAUGAUUGUAUGGUUUUGUAGAGAGAACUUACACUAAUGUAUUUUUGUACCC